AUGCUCGGAUCGCGAACCUUCCGUCAGAAGAAGAGCAGUGGGGGCGGCGAUUUCAGCAAAAACGGUGGUGGGUGUGGUGGAGCAGUUCUCUCCAGUGGGGGGUGCAUCUUGCCGCCAGAAGCUGCCGGCACCCUCGGCAGUGGGGACUUGAAGCAGGCCGUGCGCCUGCCGACUGGAGAGGACCUCUGCGAGUGGGUUGCUGUUAACACCGUCGAGUUUUUCCAGCAAAUCAACAUGCUCUACGGCACCUUGGCUGAGUUCUGCACCGACACGACGUGCCCAAUCAUGUCGGCGGGUCCGCGUUACGAGUACUACUGGGCGGACGGGCAAACCGUCAAGAAGCCAGUCAAGUGCUCCGCUCCUCGCUACAUCAACAACCUCAUGACAUGGACUCAGAAUCAACUCGAAAACGAAGCCAUCUUUCCCUCGAAAAUCGGUGUUCCCUUCCCUCCGAACUUCUUGAAGGUCGCCAAGGCCAUCCUCAAACGCCUGUUUCGCGUCUACGCGCACAUCUACAACGUCCACUUCCGAGAGGUCCAGCUCCUCGAUGAAGCCACCCACCUCAACACCAGUUUCAAGCAUUUCGUCUACUUUGUCCUUGAGUUCGAUUUGGUGCGGUCCGCGGAACUGGAGCCCCUGCAGGCGGUGAUCGAGGUGCUCACGGCGCCCAAGCCCGAUCGCCCGGUCCCCACGUCUUACCGCAACAGCGGCGGCGGCAGCAGCGGCAACUUGCAUCACAAAGGCGGCGCGCCUCCCCCUCAAGCCAAUUCAGUUGUGCCUCCCUCUUCCGUCCCUCCGCCUCCUCCUCCCGCUCCACCAGCGUUGCCUCCUUCUACCCAUCGACCCUAG